AUUACAAUAACCACAGCGAAUAAAUAAAUAAUAAUAAUCAUCUAUUGAUUUUUCGCCUAAAGUGAUAGUUUUAGUGUAUAGUUCGCACGAAUCGGUGUUUUCAACAUUUCCCCCAAAUUACCAAAAGAAGAAAAGGACCCGUCACGAAAUAGCGGCGAUUAAGUGUCAAGAGUUUAAUGAGACCUCUUCACCUCUGGCUCGCUCCUGUUAGGCGUUUGUGUUAAACGUGGGCUUUUAAUUGCUGCCAUUAAAUAAAUCAAUUCUCUUCUUCCUCUGGUUUUGACUGGCAGACGAAAUUGAUACGUUUGCGGUGAGACAUCAUUGUGUAAACCGUUUCCCAAAUCCUAAUGCGGAUUUCAAGUACAUAAUACUGCACAGAUAACCAUUAGGCCUACGGACGUGUUAUAAUAAUGACUGAAAUUCUUCUGUCUUGUAAAGGUAGUAAUGUAGUUUUGGCAAUUAUGUAGGUUGUCAUGGUAAAGAAAAGAGUGAACGAUGUUUAUGAGAUAGAGCGCGCAUAUUUAAAGGCUGUGUGAGUUUAGAAAUCACUACAGUUCGCCACAACCAUGCCUAGAUCACAGGAUGAGGGUCACUGUAAGGAUUUUUCCGGUAUGGGAAGAGAAGUUGCACUGGAAAUUUGUAGGAAUUCAACACAAGUUAUGAAUGAGCGAUCUGAUCGGGAUUCUCCAUCUGGUUUACCAAUGACAUCUGAUGCUCUCCAAGGCAAAGCAGUUUGCGCAAGGUGCAGAGAGGACAUAUCGGACAGGUUUCUCCUUAAGGUAAAUGACCUGUUCUGGCACGCGCAAUGCCUUUCAUGCAGUGUGUGCCAAACCACCUUGGGCGCGCACGCGAGCUGUUACAUCAGAGAUAAAGAAGUCUUCUGCAAACUGGAUUAUUUCAGGAGAUAUCGGACGUGCUGCUCGUGUUGUGGAGACAACGUUUACUCCACGGACUGGGUGCGCAAGGCAAAAGGAAACGUUUAUCACUUGGCGUGUUUCUCAUGCUUCACUUGCAAGAGACAGCUGGCCACGGGCGAGGAGUUUGCAUUGGUUGGUCAAAAAGUAUUGUGUCGAGUGCAUUACGACACCAUACUGGACAAACUCAAAGGAGCCGUUGCGAAAGGGAAAACUCUUUGUCCUGAUGAAAUACACCAAAAGCCAUUUAAAAGAGCGCGCACCAGCUUCACAUCAGAUCAGCUACAGAUCAUGCAGACCCAGUUUGCCCAGGACAAUAACCCAGACGCGCAGACGCUUCAGAGGCUGGCCGAACAAACUGGGCUUAGUCGCCGCGUUAUUCAGGUCUGGUUUCAGAAUUGUCGGGCCCGGCACAAGAAGCAUAUCCUUCCACAACAUUCAGCAACUCCAUCCUGUAGUCUGUCAGCUCUGCAGCCGAGCCAUUUCUCCCAGAACGCACUGAAUUACACAACAUAUAGGGCUGAAGACACACCCUCCUUGUUUACAGCACUACACUCCUGCAUUGACGUUCACACGUCAUCAUCUCUGCUCUAUCAGCCCUUACUGUCACACCAAUCCACACAACUACAAAUCAGCAGCAGCAGCUAAACCUUCAAUAGCCCUUCUCCAUUUUUAUUACUGUUUAUUCUUCCAAACUUGUUAUUUUAUAACUGUAAAUGGUGCGCUAGCCAUUUAAAUUUUUUUAUUUGUAAUGCAAAAAAAGAUGUAAAAAGAAGCAGUUAAAUAUGCAUUUGCUUUUUUCUAUUCUUUUCUUUCAAGCAGAAUCAUGUAUCACUCUAUUUUUUACAGAUAUUUAUAAAUGAAUGUAUGCAUGUAUAACAAUUUACACAAAUCAUUUUGCUGAUGUUAUU